AUGAACUCCAAGGGCCUUUCCAUCCUCCUCGCCAUUUUCGGCAUCAGCGCUCAGCACGCUGUCUUGGCCAUGCCUGCCAUCUCAACCAUGACCAUGUACGACGGCAGUUCAGCCACCCAGACAACCACCAUGACGACCUCAGUCGCGACCGACACUCCCACGGCCACGAACACUGUCUCAACCGAAACUCUCACGACCACGAACACGAACACUGUAUCAACCGGCAUCACAAGCCUUAGCUCCACCUCCACUCUCAACUUUACGAGCAUGGACUCCAGCGCCAUCAUGUCUGUGUACAGCUGCGCCACUUCCAGCGUCAUGGGUGAUAUGAUGUCGUCAAUGAGCUCGGCUAUGGGGUCUGCUAUGGACAGAUGCGCCAACUACUUGACUUAUGCGAAUUAUUACGUCACUGCCAAUGCGGUAGCCACUACGACUAGUGGUAAAAGAAGUACUACUUCGAAGACUAGCAAGACCCCAAAGUCUGCUUUGAAGUCUACUUCUAAGACGAGCAGGACUUCUGGAAAGGUUACUAAGACUACAUCUACUGAGUCGCCUGCUGCUACUAGCACUUAA